GCGUUUCUCAGGUUGGUGUCUACUGUCCUGCAAUUCUGAUCGUGUUAAUUCUGUCCAUUUUUCUCAUUUUCAGAGCAGAGGAAGUUGAACUCAUAGUUUCUUUAGCUAGAAAUCUGAGAAGAAUUUGAUUUCUUUUUCUUUGGCCUUUUUUGAGCAUAUCCAAUUAUCCAUCUGCUAUAAUGCCUAGAAUUUCAUUUAAAAUUAAACAAUUGAUGGACCCUCAACCAAAUUCACCUCUCUCUUCUAUUCCAUCUCCAUAUUACAGUCUGGACUUUGGGAAACAAUCAACCCCAUCUUCAUCUUCAAGCAAAAUCAGCCCAGUACUUCUUUUGGUUAUAGUUAUUUUAGCUUUAAUCUUCUUCCUUGCGGGUCUUCUGCAUUUACUGGUUAGAUUUUUCCUAAAAAGGCCAUCUUUUUCACCAAUUUUUCACUCCAAUCGACACCCAGAAACCUCUGGGUCUCAUAGGCUUCAACACCUCUUUCGUUUACAUGACUCGGGUCUAGACCAAGCGUCCAUAGAUGCUUUACCGGUUUUCUUUUACAAAGACGUAACUGGGUUGAAGGAGCCAUUUGAUUGUGCUGUUUGUCUGUGUGAAUUCUCAUAUCAAGACAAGCUAAGAUUGCUUCCUGCCUGCAGCCAUGCUUUUCACAUUGAUUGUAUUGACACAUGGCUUCUUUCGAAUUCUACAUGCCCUCUUUGUAGAGGAAGUCUUUCUAGCUCCGGCUUACCAAUGGAAAAUCCAGUGUUUAGUUAUGAUUAUUUGAGGGAAACGUCAAAUGGGAUUGGUGGCAAUGGAGAAAAUGGGGUUUCUUGUAGUGAUCAGAAACCAAUGAUCAUUGAGGAAGUUGGGGAAAAGAGGGUGUUUUCAGUGAGACUAGGUAAGUUUAGAAGUAUGAAUAGUGGGGAAAGUGGUAGAGAGAAAGGAAAUGGAGAAAUUAGUAGUAGUUGUAAUUUUGAUGUAAGGAGAUGUUACUCAAUGGGUGCAUUUCAAUAUGUUGUUGAUGAUUCAACUCUGCAAGUGGCCUUGUCUUCCGGUAUUCCUAAUGGUGGUAGGAAUGGGAAGCUUGCCAAAGGGAAAGGAAUUGAUGGGAAUUCAUCCACUGAUGAAGCGGAAGAGAAGAGAAUCCGGAGAACAAGAGGUGAGAGCUUUUCUGUUUCAAAGAUAUGGCUUUGGCCUAACAAGAGCAGGUUCCCUACUUCUUCUGAUAUUUAUGCCAGUACCGUGUCUCAGUUUGCCAUCCAAUGCCAGAGCUCAAGCUGUUUGAAACAAUGAUAGGUUCCUCCCACUGCCCUGUGUUCUACUCUUAAAUCAAUCUACAUGCUUGUUCAAUCUGGUUCAUGUUUCAUCUAGAGUUAAACUAUAUGAUCAAUAAAAAUGCAUAUUUCUC